AUGACGACUUUGGAGGCUCAAACUCGUAACGCGGUUGAAGAGGUACAUGGUCAGGUAUUUGAAGUUGGACCUCGAUAUGUCAAUCUUACAUAUAUUGGUGAGGGGGCGUACGGGAUGGUCGUUUCUGCGCUCGAUACUGAAACUCGUGAACGCGUGGCAAUAAAAAAGAUUUCUCCAUUUGAGCAUCAGACUUUCUGUCAAAGGACUUUGAGGGAAAUUAAAAUUCUUACUCGGUUUAAACAUGAGAAUAUUAUCAAUAUACAGGAAAUAAUUCGCGCUCCUAGUGUAGAACAGAUGAAGGAUAUCUAUAUAGUGCAAUGUUUGAUGGAGACAGAUUUAUGCAAGCUACUGAAAACACAGAAGCUGUCCAAUGACCAUAUAUGUUACUUCUUGUAUCAAAUUCUUCGCGGAUUAAAAUAUAUACACUCAGCCAAUGUUAUUCAUCGUGAUCUCAAGCCGUCGAACUUGUUACUCAACACCACUUGCGACCUCAAGAUUUGUGACUUUGGUUUGGCCAGAGUUACAGACCCGCAGCACGAUCAUACUGGAUUCUUAACGGAAUACGUUGCCACGAGAUGGUACCGUGCUCCAGAAAUUAUGUUAAAUUCGAAAGGUUAUACAAAGUCGAUCGAUGUAUGGUCGGUUGGAUGUAUAUUAGCAGAAAUGCUAAAUAACAGGCCUCUGUUUCCCGGGAAACAUUACCUUGAUCAGUUGAACCUCAUUCUUGCCGUUAUUGGUUCCCCUAGUCAAGAAGAUCUUCAGUGUAUCUUUAACGAAAAAGCAAGGUCUUACUUACUUUCACUGCCUAUCAAGAUUAGUCAGCUAGUCAGUACGGUGUCUUGGCCGGUUCUUCUGCCGCUG